UUCUUUUGUUAAACUUUAUAGGACCACGUGAAGGAAUCUAAUGAGUGGACCCUGACGGCACGUAGCCUGACUCACUGAGUCAAAAAAGAUUGCAAACGGCGCCUCUAAACUAAAGAAAAGGAUUGAGCCAUGGCAACUUCCGUAAUUAUUGACUAAACCGAGGGUAAAAUAGGUAAGUUAAAAGACACUGACGUCACACGUGCGAGUCGGAACAUGGCACAAUUGGCACACCACAGCACAGCAGUCAGCAGCAACCAAGUGGUACUACAGGUCGAGCUCUACUAGUUCAAGCUCAGCUCAAAGCUCUCUUUUUUUUUUUUUUAAUGAUAUACCAAAAGAGGAAAAAAAACAAAAACUUUACCGGAGAUGACGACGGAGCAAGCUUUGUUGUCUAUGGAAGCUUUACCAUUAGGUUUCAGAUUUAGACCAACGGAUGAAGAACUCAUCAAUCAUUACCUAAGGUUAAAAAUCAACGGCCGUGAUUCAGAAGUUAGAGUCAUCCCUGAGAUCGAUGUUUGCAAGUGGGAGCCAUGGGACUUACCUGGGCUUUCGGUGAUAAAGACAGAUGAUCAAGAAUGGUUCUUUUUUUGUCCUCGUGAUCGGAAGUAUCCGAGUGGUCAUCGUUCUAAUAGAGCUACUGACAUUGGUUACUGGAAAGCUACUGGGAAAGACAGAACCAUUAAGUCUAAGAAAGUAAUCAUUGGUAUGAAGAAGACUCUUGUCUUUUAUCGUGGUCGAGCUCCAAGAGGAGAGCGUACUAAUUGGAUUAUGCAUGAGUAUCGUGCUACUGAUAAGGAACUAGAUGGCACUGGAGCUGGACAGAAUCCGUAUGUUUUGUGUCGCUUGUUCCACAAGCCUAGUGAUAGCUGUGAUAUUGCAAACUGUGAUGGAAUAGAGAAUGUCAAUACAACACCAACCACCACUAGAUGCUCUCCUGAUGAUACAUCUUCUGAAAUGGUUCAAGAAACAGCUACCUCUCGUGUACAUGCUUUAAAUAGAUCUGAUGAUACUGAGAGGUGUUUAAGCGACAAGAGUAAUGAUGUGAAACCUGAUGUUUCAGUGAUUAACAAUAAUACUUCUAUCAAUCACGCUGAAUCAUCUCGCGCGAAAGACCGUGGUUUGGGGAAAACCAUAGUAGAGGAAAAUCCACCUGCAAGGGACAAUUUAACUCAUUAUGGAUCCAGUUUUACUCAAAUGAAUGACAGAACAUAUCAUCCAUCGCACUCGAGCAUCGACUUUGCUGCAUCACAUAUAGAUUCGAUGUAUUCUAGCGAUUUUGGAAACUUUGAUUAUGGGCUACAUUUUCAAGAUGGUGCUGCUGAGCAAGAUGCAUCCUUAACAGAUGUAUUGGAUGAAGUAUUUCACAUUAAUAAUGAUUCCUCUACUGAAAGGAAAGACUUUGCACUUCCGAAUAUGAUGCAUUGGCCUGGAAAUACAAGACUGUUGUCUACUGAGUACCCGUUUCGCAAAGACGCUGUUUCUUUUGUUGACGGGAGUGCUGAAGUUUCCGGCUCACAGCAGUUUGUACCUGAAAAUAUAGCUCCUAGAUGGGUCAGCCAACACCGUGUUGAUAGCAAGGAAGUUACCGAGAUCCAAUCUUCAUCUGGCUCCUCUCGGACUGUGACACCACUUCAUAGCAACGUUUCAGGACAGUAUGCUUCAGCUUCUUAUGCAUCUAUUGAUCCCUUCAACUAUAAUGUCAAUAAUCCUGAGCAGUCAUCCUUUGAGCAAAGCCAAACUGACCGCAAGAUUAGUCCCAGUGAUAUUUCCGAGUUCAAGGCUAGGUCUCGGGAGAGUCAGACGAAUCAAGACUUUGUUGUGGACCAAGGCACUGCUCCUAGAAGAAUCCGGCUGCAAAUCGAACUGCCAUUGACUCCAGUUAACCACAAGAAAGAGAGAGAUGCAGACAACUAUGAAGAAGAUGAAGUACAGUCUGCAAUGUCCAAGGUCGUGGAGGUAAAUGAAAGAUCCUUCCUUAACAGAGAUGAUACUCUGUCUGAAUCAGCUAAGUUAAAGACUCAGGGAACUGCUCAGAGGAGAAUCCGCCUGCAGACGAGACUACGGAAGCCUCCCGUAACACUAAACAACCCAAGAAAACACUUAAACUGCAGUAACGAAGAAGCAAGCCAUAGAGAGGAAAAGGAAGAUGUAUCAACAUCAUCAUCAUCAUGGCAGAAAGAGAAGAAGAUAGUGAAGAAGAGCUUGGUGCAGUAUAGUAGUAUGGUGAUAAUAAUGGUAGUGAUAGUUGUUUUAGUAGGAGUAUGGAAAGAGUCAAGAGAUGCUAAAUGUAGCUUCUUGUUUCAUCAUUUGGAUUCCUUAAAAGGCAUGUUUACUUGAUGAUAUAUGUAUAAUUAAAUCGUGUUUAGUAUAUUUAAUUUUGAUUUUGUAGUGUUGAGUGAUGAUGAAAGCCAAAUUUUCUCUAGAAUCA